AUGGGCGACGACAUCGCCUCGACGUUGAGCGGGUUCGCCCUGGGCGAGGUCCUGUCCUCUCUCGACCUCGACACGUCCGCUCUCGGCGCCCUCCAGUCGCAGCUCGGCAUCAAGCGCUCCAACGCCAUCAACCGCGACUCGAUCUACGCCGACAAGUUCGCCGACGACGACGGCGGGCUCGACGACGACGACCUCGAUGACGAGCGCGAGGACUUUGAGGCCAUGAUCGACCGCGAGAUGCGCGAGGAGAAGUACGGCAAGGCCGGCGCGGCGGCCGUCGGCGGCGCGGCCAAGAAGGGCGGGCAAGCUGCAGCGGGUGCGCGCCUCGUCCGGGGCGAGGAGGACGACUUUGACGAGGAGUACGACGAGGAGGACGAGCCCAUGCUCGCGGCGGCGACGGCGGCGGCUACCCCGGUCGUCAAGCAGGAGCCGGCCGACGCCGACGACGCCCUGUUCGGCGCAGCCUCGCCAGCCGCCGGCGCCGGCGCCGCACCCGCACCCGCUCUCGAGGUCGAGGACCUCGCGGCGCCGCCGGCAAAGCAGGCCGACGUCCGCGACCUGUUCCCGUCGUUCGAGCCGGGCAAGGUGCUCGACUUUACCGAGCUGUUCGGCACGAGGCCGCGCAAAAAGCGGCGAGUCAUCACCGAGGGCGUCAAGCUUGCGCUCCCCAACCUGUCCGAGGUCCCUCGAGCCCGUUCCUCUCGCGACGCGCUCGUCGCACCUCUGCGCCCGCUCCCGCCCUCUCGAGACGAUCACGUGCGCCGCCUACUUCUCGAGGCCAAGGUCGAGUCGAUGCGCGAGUCGGGCCAAGCUGCGGGCGAGGAGGAAGGGAGCGAGGACGAGGAGCUGAGGAGGGCGGUCGAGCGCGUCAACCGGCGGUCCAAGGCCAAGUGGAGGGUGCCCGAGGACGACCGAGCGUUCGACCUCGCCGAGCUCGACGAGUGGGAGGACCAGAUCGUGUGGGGCGACGGCCAACGACCACCACCUUCCUCUGCGUUCCCGAAGCCGAUCCAGCACCGCAACCCGCUCUUCGACCAGGGCGGCUGGGUCAAGUCGAUCCUGUGGGACGGCGAGAACGCGGCUCGCGCCGAGUACUUUACGCGCCUCAACCUCAACCUGAACGACACGCAGAUGCUCCUCGAGGUCCAGCACCCGAAGCGCGAAGCCGCGCCAAAAGCCGUCGCGCCCAUCAACGCCCUCGGCUCGGCCGCCAUGCUCGCCCCUCGCGACGAGACGCUCGACCCGUUCAACCUGUCGAACGACCGCGAGUACGAGGUGCCCAAGGAGCAGAAGCGCCAGAUCAUCCGCCAGACGUUCGGCGCGCUCGAGGUCGUCCACGCCUACCCGGCGCAGAAGCUCCAGCUGCCCUUUUACAAGACGCGCCUGUCCAAGGCCGACACGCGCUCGUUCCACCGCCCCGCGCUCCAGUUCCCGCAGAACGUGCCCAUCGCCUUCUCCAAGGUGCGCUCCAAGAAGAAGAAGGACAAGCACGGCCGCAAGAUCAAGAAGAGCGAGGGCGCCGAGGCGCUGCGCGGCAUGCAGGACAUCACGCUCAAGGACACGAGCAACUUUGUCCUGUGGGAGUACUCGGAGGAGCACCCGCCCAUCAUCUCGAACGUCGGCAUGGGCUCGAUCAUCGUCAACUACUACCGCAAGAAGGCGGCCGACGACCCGUUCAUCCCGAAUCUCGAGGUCGGCCAGCCGCUCCUGCUCGAGGGCACCGACGAGUCGCCGUUCAAGAUGUUCGGCUUCGUCCACCCUGGCCAGACCGUGACGACGCUGUACAACAACUUGGUGCGGGCGCCCAUGUUCAAGCACGAGGUCCCCGAGACCGACUUUCUCGUCGUCCGGGUCACGAUCGACGGCGACACGCACUACUACAUCCGCUCGAUCCCGCACCUGUACAUCGUCGGCCAGACGUACCCGCAGAGCGAGGUGCCCGGCCCGCACUCGCGCAAGGUGACGACGCUCCAGAAGAACCGCCUCAUGACGAUCGCGUUCAAGCUCGUCCACAAGAACAAGGACUCGCGCAUCAAGGUGCACCGCCUCACGCGGUACUUUCCCGACCACAACGACCUGCAGAUGCGCCAGAAGCUCAAGGAGUUCAUGGAGUUUGUGCGCAAGGGCGACAACCAGGGCUUUUGGAUGGUCAAGCCGUCGGUCCAGGUCCCGAACGAGUUCGAGAUGCUCAAGAUGGCCGAGCCCGAGACGGUCUGCCUCGCCGAGUCGAUGCAGGUCGGCCUGCGCACGCUCCAAGACGCCGGCUACACCAACGGCGCCGAGGAGGGCGGCGCCGGCGAGGACGACUCGAAGCUCGACACGGAGCAGCAGCUCGCGCCCUGGAUCACGACCAAGAACUUCGUCAACGCCAACGCCAACAAGGCCAUGCUCAAGCUUCACGGCGACGGCGACCCGUCGGGCCGAGGCGAGGCGUUCAGCUUCCUGCGCGUCAGCAUGAAGGACAUCUUCCUCCGUGCCGGCGAGUCGAUGGAGGAGCGACUUGCCGAGAUGUCGAACCGCCCCAAGUCGGCGCACAAGUACAACGUCCAGGAGCAGCAGGACAUCUACAAGGAGGAGAUCGCGCGCAUCUGGAAGGCGCAGUGGGACUCGCUCAGCACCCAGCGCGAGCCGCUCCUCACGCAGGAGGACGAGGACCGCCACCGCGGGCGCCUCAUCGCCGCCAAGAAGGCGAGCCUCAAGGCCGCCGCCGGCGCGGCCGCGUCCGCCUCGGCCGCCGACACGCCCGCGAGCGCCUCGGGCACGCCCGCCGCCUUUCGCGCCGGGACGCCCGGCAGUCGAGCCGGCUCGGUCGACCUCGACGACGGCGCGAGCGUCGUCAGCAAGCCCGAUGGGCGCGGCGGCGGCGGCGGCGGCAAGGCCAAGACGCUCCGCAUCCGGCGGCUCAUCGGCGGCGUGUGGGAGACCGAGAUCGUGCGCGACCCGAGCGUCAUCAAGGCCUACAUGCACCAACGGUCGGUCGUCGACGAGGAAAAGCUCGAGGCCGACGAGCUGCUGCCGUCGGACGACGAGAGCAAGAACGAGCGUCGCCGCAAGCGCCUUAAGGAGCAGCUCGAGAAGCUCAAGCGCAACCAGGAGCGCCGCCUCGCGCGCAAGAACCAGAAGCUCGGCAUCCAGCCGGGCCAGGUCGGCGUCGGCGGCAAGAAGCACAUCAAGACCGAGACGACGCGCAUCUGCGGCAACUGCGGUCAGCGAGGCCACAUGAAGACGAGCCGCAAGCUGUGCCCGAGGUGGGCCGAGUUCAACCAGCCCAAGACGACCGACACGACGGCCUCGCUCCCGACCUCGUUCGGCGGCGGCCUCGCCCUUCCCGCCAUGGGCGCCGCGCCCGCGCCCAAGCCCAAGCCGCCUGCGCCCUCGAAGCCCGGCGCGCUCAAGGUCAAGAUCGGAGGGGGCGGCGGCGGCGGUGGAGCAGGAGCGGCGGGAGGAGGUGCUGGCUCGCCGCCGCCGCCGGGCGCGGCGGGUGGGACGCCCGGACCGGCGUCGACGCCUGCAGUGGCGAGCCCUGCGCCUGCGCCCGGCCCAUGAUCGUC